AUCAAAGCAUUCCAUGUGAAUAUUCCCAUCAUAAACAUCCAACCACUCAGUCAUUUUGUUACAUUUUCGAACCGAGAGAAGCCUUCCGAUUAGGCUUUUUAUCUUGAAUACAGAAAAUUAUUUAAUACGCAAAAGGGCAUUACAUCGAAUCCCAAACGUUCUCUGUCGUCAUUCAAACGCAACACGGUCAACGUAUCCUUAAAGUCUCAAGUACAACUUUGACGCAGGACUUGACAAUGGCGAGUCGAGCUGCCAACAAACGGGUACGUGAAUCGAUUUUUACGAUUUAUUUUUAAUGAAUUUGAUAGCUAACAUGUUAAAAUGUAGUUAACCCGUGAAUACAAAACCAUCACUGAGAACCCUCCUCCCUACAUCGAAGCACAUCCAUCCGAAUCUAACAUCCUCGAAUGGCAUUACGUCCUCACUGGACCGCCCGACACACCUUAUCAUGGCGGACAGUACUGGGGUACCCUUUUAUUCCCUCCCAAUUAUCCAUUUGCGCCCCCCUCUAUUAAAAUGCACACGCCAUCCGGCCGUUUCCAACCCUCCACUCGUCUUUGUCUCUCAAUCAGUGACUUUCAUCCCAAGAGUUUCAAUCCCGCAUGGGAAGUCAGUACAAUUUUGAUCGGUCUAUUGAGUUUCAUGACAAGUGAAGAAAUGACAACGGGUUCAGUCGCCGCAUCAGAGGCGGAGAGAAAAUGGGCCGCGAGUAGGACGAGAUGGUGGAAUAGUACUGGAGGAGGCAGUUACAAGAAGGAUGGAACGCAGAAGGGAAAUAUCAAGGCCGGAGAUGGCGGCGCCAAGUUUAGAAGCGAGUGGGAGGAUUUGGAUAAGGAGAAUUGGAAGUGGAUGAAGGAAAGGGGUGUCGAUAUCGUCACUGGCAAUGAAGAAAAGAAGGAUGAAGAGGGCGCUGGAAGGGAAUGUAGUGGAAUUGCGAUGAGACGGCCAGGCGGUAGUCAGGCCGUUGUUGGAGCUGUGGUGGAAGGUGGUAGAGAAGGAAGAAGCUGGUUGCAGAGGAACAAAUACUGGGUUGCUGGCGGAGUGAUUUUUACUUAUGUCAUGAUUGCAAGACUAUUGGCAGAAGGCCAUGAGCUAUAGAUGUAGAUAAGGGUUGGUUCUAAGCAUGGAGUUCAGGAUGGGCUAUGGUACUUUUGUACAACAGGUCAGCGUCACUCCAUCACGGCAAGGUAUACUAGGUAUGUUUUGAUUAAGUAGA